UGUGAGGGACGUUGCCGGGGCUCAGGACACGCGCGGGGGACGCGGAGCUCGCCUUUCCCAGGAUGGAGCAGAGGAGGAGAUGGCCUCGGGUACUGGACUCUGAUGGCCGGUCAGUGGCUCUGCUCUGYCUCUUCCUGGUGUCACUGUCCCAGAACGUGUCCAGCAACGCCUCGUUCACCACGUUCCACUCGGAGCACCGCGACUGGACGUUCAACCACCUGACGGUGCACCGCGGCACCGGGGCGGUCUACCUGGGGGCCACCAACAGGGUCUACAAGCUCUCGGGGAACCUGACCAUCCUGGUGGCUCACAAAACCGGCCCCGAGGAGGACAACAAAUCCUGCUACCCGCCACUCAUCGUGCAGCCGUGCAGCGAGAUCCUCACCCUCACCAACAACGUCAACAAGCUGCUCAUCAUCGACUACUCGGAGAACCGGCUGCUGGCGUGCGGCAGCCUCUACCAGGGCGUGUGCAAGCUGCUGCGCCUCGACGACCUCUUCAUCCUGGUGGAGCCCUCGCACAAGAAGGAGCAUUACCUGUCCAGCGUCAACAAGACGGGCACCAUGUACGGCGUGAUCGUGCGCUCCGAGGGCGAGGACGGGAAGCUCUUCAUCGGCACGGCCGUGGACGGCAAGCAGGAUUAUUUCCCCACCCUGUCCAGCCGCAAGCUGCCCCGCGACCCGGAGUCGUCGGCRAUGCUGGAUUACGAGCUCCACAGCGACUUCGUUUCGUCCCUCAUCAAAAUCCCCUCGGACACGCUGGCCCUGGUGUCACACUUCGACAUYUUCUACAUCUACGGCUUCGCCAGCGGCAACUUYGUCUACUUCCUGACGGUGCAGCCGGAGACCCCCGAGGGCGUCUCCAUCAACUCUGCCAGCGACCUCUUCUACACCUCGCGCAUCGUGCGCCUGUGCAAGGACGACCCCAAAUUCCACUCGUACGUGUCGCUGCCCUUCGGCUGCGUCAAGGGUGACACCGAGUACCGGCUGCUGCAGGCUGCCUACCUGUCCAAGCCAGGGCAGGUGCUGGCCAGGGCUCUCAACAUCACAGCGCAGGAGGAUGUGCUCUUUGCCAUCUUCUCCAAGGGGCAGAAGCAGUACCACCACCCGCCCGAYGACUCGGCGCUCUGCGCCUUCCCCAUCAGCACCGUCAACACCCACAUCAAGGAGCGCCUGCAGUCCUGCUACCAGGGCGAGGGCAACCUGGAGCUCAACUGGCUGCUGGGGAAGGAYGUGCAGUGCACCAAAGCGCCAGUGCCCAUCGAUGACAACUUCUGCGGGCUGGACAUCAACCAGCCCCUGGGGGGCUCGGUGCCCGUGGACGGGGUGACGCUCUUCACCUCCAGCCGCGACCGCAUGACCUCGGUGGCUUCCUAYGUCUACAACGGCUACAGCGUGGUCUUCGUGGGCACCAAGUCGGGCAGGCUGAAGAAGCUCGUCACCUCGCUGCUCCUGCCACAUUCCCAGCUCCUGCUGGUUCUGCUCCCCAGGAAUUGUCCCAAAGUGGCUGGAAAGCAAAUCCUGCUGGUGCUGCAGCCCCGUGGCUCAAGCCCAGUGACCAUUGGCACCGUUAAACUGACCAUUGGCACCGUUAAACUGACCAUUGGCACUGUUAAACUGACCAUUGGCACCGUUAAACUGACCAUUGGCACCGUUAAACUGACCAUUGGCACUGUUAAACUGACCAUUGGCACCGAUAAACUGACCACUGGCACCAUUAAACUGACCAUUGCCACCGAUAAACUGACCACUGGCACCAUUAAAUUGACCAUUGCCACGGUUAAACUGACCAUUGGCACCGUUAAACUGACCAUUGGCACCGUUGAACUGACCAUUGGCACUGUUAAAGUGACCAUUGGCACCAUUGAACUGACCAUUGCCACCGUUAAAUUGACCAUUGCCACCGUUGAACUGACCAUUGGCACUGUUAAACUGACCAUUGCCACCGUUGAACUGACCAUUGGCACCAUUAAACUGACCAUUGCCACCGUUAAACUGACCAUUGGCACUGUUAAACUGACCAUUGCCACCGUUAAAGUGACCAUUGCCACCCACCCGGGGG